AUGUCUGUCACAAACGGUGUCAACGGCCAUAUGAAUGGCUCUUCGAAUGCCCUCUGCUCUGUCGAUGAGUUGGUGUCUCGCAAAUAUGACUUUGUCGUGGUUGGAGGAGGCACCGCUGGUCUGGCGGUCGCGGCUCGAUUGACCGAAGACCCCAAUAUCUCGGUGGCGGUCCUGGAAGCCGGGGAGAAUCGAAUGGAUGACAAGAGCGUGUCAACUCCUUCGCUCUAUCCCACCAUGAUCGGCAGGAAAGAGUACGACUGGUGCAUGACCAGCACACCACAACCCAAUGCAGGCAACAAGAUCUACUCGAUGCCUCGCGGAAAAGUGCUUGGCGGCAGCUCUGCGAUCAAUUAUCUCAUGUACGUCAGGGGGUCAAGGAAGGAUUACGACGGAUGGGAAUCAAUGGGCAACCCUGGUUGGGGCUGGGAGGAUAUGCUUCCUUACUUCAAGAAGCACCAAGCGUUGGACAACACGCCAAGGCACAGUGAUCCACAAUUCAUGCCUAUUGCAGGGGGAGACAAGUACCAUGGAUCCAAUGGGCCCAUACAUACGAGUUUCAACAACUGGUAUAUGCCCUUGGAGGUGGAAUUCGCCGAAGCCGCAUAUGAAGUCACGGGGACUAAGAAGACGAUUCAUGACGGCUGGAGCGGCGACCAUCUGGGUUUUUAUUCGAGUCUGGGAGCCGUGAACAGGACUGACGAUCCCGGCAAGCGAUCCUACGCCGCAACCGGAUACCUUCGCCCCAAUCUAGGACGACCUAACCUCAAAGUCUUGACUGAAGCACAGGCCACCAAGAUCAUCCUGGAUGGAAAUACCGCCAAGGGCGUCGAAUUCGUGCACAAGGGCCAGAAAUACAGCGUCGACGCGACGCGCGAAGUCAUUCUGUCCGCCGGCGUGAUCCAAAGCCCUCAAUUGCUUGAGCUCUCCGGAAUUGGCGACCCUGAGGUUCUUAGGGCUGCUGGUGUCGAGUGCGUCGUUGAGAAUAAGGGAGUGGGCGCUAAUUUCCAGGAUCAUGUCCUCGGUGGAAUCCUGUAUGACCUAAAACCCGGCAUUGAUUCUAUGGACGCAUUACACGGGGAAGAGUUCAACAAGGUGCAGCAAGACCUCUACCAGACCAGCCAGAAAGGGCUCUAUGCCAAUCCGGGCAUGAUGAUGGGGUUUGUAUCAUACGCGUCCCUGGUAACUCCCGACGAGCUCGAGGCAACCAUCAAGGAAAUCAAGCAGAAGUCGCUUGCAAAGACGGACUUUGAAAAGGCUCAAGAGAAGGUGAUCGUCGAUCAGCUCCGUGACCCAACCUUUGCCAAUCUCCAAACCUUUUGUAUUCCUUGCCGGCUUGACGUGGCCAAGGGCUCAGAUCAGACCUUGUUCUUCGGCAAACCACCCAGUGGAAAACAACAGCUGUCCUUGCUGAUGUGCCUCGAGCACCCUCUAUCACGGGGAACGGUCCACAUCAAAUCCUCAGACCCUCUGGCACCCCCGGAGAUUGACCCUGGAUACUUCCGGAACGAGGUCGACGCCAAGAUCCUCGCGGCGGGCAUGAAAUGGAUGGAUCAGGUCGCCAAACAUCCCUUGCUGGCGAAAUCACUGGCCGAGCGAGAACUGCCGCCCGAGAACGAGAAUCUGGACAGCGAGGAGAAGAGGAUCGAGUACGUCAAGAACCACAUCAGCACACAGUAUCAUUUGAUCGGGACCUGUGCACUGGGCGAGGUGGUGGACACAGACUUGAAGGUGAAGGGGGUCAAGAACCUGAGGGUGGUAGAUGCCUCGAUCUUCCCCGGCCAUGUGUCUGGGAACAUUAUGGCGACUACUUAUGCGGUCGCUGAAAAAGGCGCAGAUCUGAUUAAGAAAGAUAUCGUCUAUUAG